GUGAAAAACAAUUAAGUAUUGUCAAAUUUAGGGUGGUGCCAUCUAUGUUGGUAUGUUAGUAUUGUUUUACAUACUUUAUGCAAAGAUAAUUUUAUGACUGAAAGAUGAUUGCGCAUUUAAUAAAAACGACAAGUUUUUUUUAAAUAAACAUGUUUCAACAUCUCACGAUGCCUUCCUCAGUAUUAUAAGGAAUAUUAUGUAUGUGAUGAAUAUAUAUAAGAGUAAUAUGAAACUGUGAUACAAUUUAUACACUUAUGAAAGAUUAUUAUAUUACAAUGAAAGAUGAUUACGAUCACGCGCCCACGUGACAAAUGACUAAAGAUCGUUGAGAUUAAUUUGAUGUCGUAAUCUCGUCUUCGUGUGUUGAAAGUUAAAAUUUUGAAAUUGUGAAAGAUUGGUUGUAAUAGAUACCACCAAAUUUAAUUUCAUUCAUGUGAAGUUUUAAAUUUCCUCAUUGUUUUUUCGGUUGAAUCGGACGACGUUUGGCAGACAGAGCUUCGCUAUGAAUUUCUAUCGUAUAUAUAACGAGAAUUCCAUUCCGGUUGCUGUUCAUAUUUUAUUUUGUAUAAUAGCAGUAACUCUUUGGCUCUUGGUGUCUUCAAUUAUUGUGCCUUUUCUAUUUGUCUUUAAUAUCUUUAAAUGGUCGAUAGCUGCCUGGAUUGUGUACAAGGGUAUUGGUCGACUUAUUUCAAGCGAAGAUAUACCUUAUAUUCAUGAAUCAGACUUUCACACCAACGUAAACGUAAGUGUCUUCAUUAUGAAUGGUGAACCAAAUCUUAAAAACCUCCGCAAGCUGUUUUAUGACCGAGUAGUGACGAACAAUGGCCAUCCUAGUUACAAGCGACUGCAACAAACACUUGUAUUGAAAUAUGGUCGUUAUGUGUGGACAGAUGAAGAAAAGUUUGAUAUCUCACAACACUUAAUAUUGUAUGACGGUCCUCUACCUUCGAAUGAAGCAGAGCUAAAAACGAUGUAUGGUAAAAUAUUAAGUACACCAAUUCCCCAAGACAUGUCUCCAUGGCAGAUUUUGGUCAUACCAAUGAAAAACAAGGAUUGCUUUGCAUUAUUUAAUCGUGUACACCAUAUCAUUGGUGACGGUAUAUCUGUUGUGCAUUUAUUCAGUAAAGUUAUGGAUGGCAAGCCAUUGCUUUUAAAACCCUCUGAGAAAGCUAUUAAGAAGUAUGAAAGUAAUGCCUAUAAAAGGAUUCUUCAUGCACUGUUUAAUGGCCCCCUUUCUUUGUUGUUUUUGGCAUUUUCUUCAUCUGAAAAUCCCUUUCCUCAAGCAAAAAGUUUUGUUGGUGAAACAAAAGUUGCCUGGACAAAUGCCAUCAGCCUGCCAAAGAUUAAAGAAGUCAAGAACAAGAUUGGUGAAAAAAUUCAUGAUGUUGUUACUAUAAAUGAUGUAGUAACUGGUUGUUUUGCUGGAGCAUUGCGUCAAUACAUCAUGUCAAUCAAUGGAAAGUGUAUGAAUAAUGUUCAGAUAGCUGUGAGUCUUAAUACUAGAUCACCAUCUUUAUUACUUAAAGAGCAUAUUCCUUUGGAAAACAAUGCAACUGGUGUAUUACUUGAUCUUCCAGUUAAGGAAAAGACAGUUUUAGAAAGAGUUAAACAAUCAAAAAAGAACAUGGAUGUGAUAAAAAGAAGUUCUGAUUUUCUUGUCUUUGGUUUCAUAUUCAAUCAGGUAAUAGCAAAUGUACCAGAAUUCAUUGGUAAAAUAAUUAUCAACUCAAUUAAUCGUCACACAUGCCUCAUAAUGUCUAAUGUUCCUGGUCCUCUUAACAAGAUGGUGAUUGGUGGAAGGGUUCAGUCAAUAAUGGUAUGGCCACCACUAGUUGGUGGUAGUCCUUUGACUGUUGGGAUUUUUAGCUAUGCUGACACCAUUCGCUUAAAUGUGAAGGUAAAUUCUAGCAUCAUCCAAAAUCCUGACAAACUUGCUGAUUAUUUUCAAAUGGAAGUUGAUGAGUUGUUUGAUAAUUACUGCAAAAAAGAUGAAUAACUGUUGAAAUGUGAUGAGAUACUUGCCAAUUAUUUAAGAAAAUUAUGUGUUGAAAAGAAUGCCUUGACUCUAGUAUAUAUUUUAGAAAUCUUAUCAUGUUACUAAACAUUGGAAAAGGAUUGUAUUGGACAUUUUAAAGUUAUUGUAUUGACUAUAUGAGAAUGUUAACCAUAUAUAAAUGCUUCGUAUUUAAUCUAUUUUUUUUGAAAGAACAAUAUGCUCUAAAUGUUAUUUGAUGGGCAAACCUGAUUUAAAAAAAAAAAAAAUUUGCUAGUGACAACAUACUUAUACCAUAGCAAACAUUUAAAAUAGAAAAACACAUUUGAUACAUAGUCAAUAUUUCAUAGAUUACACAAUUUUCUCCAAUGCCAUUUUUUCAAUAAAUUGAUCAACUCAAAAA